CUCGGGCCAAUACGGUCCGCCCAGACCCAGUGACUAGGUAAACACAGUAUUUAUAUGUGUUUUUCGGGAUUCGUUCGAUUAGUGACUGGCAUCCCCAAUGCAGUCAUUGUCAAGUAACACGGCAUGUGUCAUUUUUGAGCAUUAACAGUGGCGCGCAAGGACUGUUCACGAGCGCAAUGCAAUAAACGUCGCGUGGACUGAUUGGCAGCACUCACGAUCGACGAAAAGGCGACUGACAGGGAGUCGUGGUAUCCUCGAGCUUGUCAGGACAAACAAGUGCUUUAUUCCGAAUAGAGCUCGUGUUAGUGGGUUGGAUUGGAGCGAUUGGACUGGAAUGUGACUGUUUCGUGAGAGAUUAGAAAAUCGGAGCGAAGCCGAAGCGCAGGACUGGGAUCUGGGAGAAGCAGGAUGCUGAACCGAGAUCAGGGUAGAUUCAUGUGGACAGGAUGUGUGCCCUGAUUUCCCUGCCCCUCCCCGUUCCAUCAACCACCUCCUCCACGUAACCGGUUCGCUCCAUCCACCACGCUCACCAUGACGUCCACCCUGCAGACCCUAGCCUUUAAGCUGGCCCCUCCUUCCAGAGAAGCUGGAUCAGAGCAAUUGGACCCCUGUAACGGUGGAGCAGGGAGGCGUUAUGAGGUGGUCCCUUCAGUGGUCUGCUCUAUGUGCUGUCUCUUCGGAAUCAUCUAUUGCUUCUUUGGUUACCGCUGUUUUAAGGCUGUGCUCUUCCUCACGGGUCUGAUGUUUGGUUCUGUAAUCAUCUUCCUGCUCUGUUACAAGGAACGUGUAUUAGACACGCAGCUGAGCGUAGAGGCCAGUGUGGGCAUCGGCCUGGGCAUCGGGACCCUGUGCGGCUUGGUGACUAUGUUGGUGCGCAGCGUGGGGCUCUUCAUGGUGGGGCUGCUCCUGGGCCUGCUGGUGGGCAUCGGGACCCUGAUAGGCAUGGAGGAGCUGUCAUCCAACCCGACACGCUCGGUGUGGGUGCCCCUGGGCGUGCUGCUGGGGCUGGGCAUGCUGUUUGCCGUCCUUACCCUGCAGUGGCAGAGAUGCUUUACUACACUCUCCACAGCCGUGUUUGGGGCUGCCGUGAUUGUCGUGGCCACAGAUUACUUCGUGGAGCUCUUCGCGCUGGUGAGGUACAUUUACGAGCGGGUUAAAACUGGCCCCCGAGAGCCUGUGUGCUGGACGACGUGGGUGGUCCUGGGAGCCUGGCCUGCUCUCGCCCUACUGGGUGUGCUGGUGCAGUGGAGAGUAACGGCAGAGGGAUACUCCCACACGAAGGUGAUGAUCAGUCGUCAGCAGCGACGAGUGCAGCUCAUGCGCAUCCGUCAGAAGGAGGAGAGGAGAGAGAGCAGCAGGAAGAAAAAGCGGAAGCAGCCGCAGCCCUCACACACGCAUGCUGCUAAACCCCUGCACCCAGAACCCGCCUACCGCAGAAAACCAAACCCUAUACGCCGCUAUGAUGGAGAUGUGCUUUCUCCUAGCUAUAUCCAGAAUUUUCGGGACAGGCAGGUGGAUGGGCGUGCUUAUCCAGUGGGCGGACUAAUGAUGGGUCACACAAGUGUGGAUAUGGACUAUGAUAGUGGGUCUACCGUGCCACUCACAUCUGGGGUGGGACCGCAUGUUCGGGUCUGACCACACGUGCACACUCACACAAACAAACACACACACACACGCACACACACAUCUUGCUACUCUGGUGCUGACCUGACCCUGACUCACUCAGUCUUGCACAUGUAGAGGUUUGGGUCUCCAACUUUCAGCAGCUCCUCACAAAAACAAAAAACAGAACUGAAAAAUUGAAAGCACUUCACGGAGAGUGGAGCAACUAGAACACUGGGUGCAUCACUCCAGGACUGUGGUUCUAUAAUAGUGCUGCUUUCUCUCCACGUCUUUCUUACACACUAACACCAUCACACCUGAACACGUGCCUGAGAUGUGGCAUUCUGUUCACCUCAAAUUGGUAAUAUUUGGGGUCAGUAGUGAAAAAUGAAUCUGGGCUCCAUUCUGUUUUCUAAUAAUGUCAGUGUGGUGAAGUAGUGUUAACCAUUCAUCAAUGUUUGAAUUCAUCAGUUGGUGCUGAAUCUUGUCUAAAUCUUGUAUUAUAAGGCUGACUGUCAUUUGAAGUCAUAUGUCCUCCCAUAGUGAAAUCUGUGGAUUCCACCAGUUAGUGUCUGUACUGUGAGAUCCCACAUUCCAGCCCAGGACUGUACCAAAUACCAGUGAGCAGGGGUGCCUUGCUUCGAGACACCAGUAAGAAACUCUCUCAGGAGAAUAAACUGCUUAGCCUCGUUUCAGAAAGGCUAUAGGGCAAAGAGCCAUAUUACAGCUGAUCAGAGCCGCCUGGUCCACUCUGGGAUGCGGAGCUGAACAUCUGGUGAUGAAACGGAACGAUGAAAUGCCAGAUUGAGUUAAGGAGCGAAGAUGAUACUCAGGGAGAACACGAAGGUUUUGGAGGGUAAACAAAAGAACUAAAAACUCAAAUGACACGGAACGAUGGUGUAAAAACUGGAGAUUUGUCCACCUUUGUGGCAAGCUUACCUACAGGGACUUCACCACGACUGUUCAGUUACUGCUGUGUAUUAUACAAGUUUGCAGUGCAAUGCAAGUGAACAUUUAUGCACUGGAGGACAUGACGGAUGAGGAGCUUCCUCAAAGAAGCUAACUUCCUUUAAAAAGACCCCCGUAAUGCUUUGGGGCAAACUGCAUGAUGUAACGGCCCCCAGUUUCUUUUCCACAGUGCAUUCCAGUAAAAAGAGCAGUUUCUGCCAUGGUGUCUCGCUUUUUUUUUUCAUUCCACUCUUUUAGUUGUACAUUUCUGUGUUAUGUACAUAAAAGGCACAUUUAGUAUAUCCAUUUCAACAUGGCCUUUUAUAUUUAUUUGAUUUUGCUUUCUUACUAAUUGAUUGUUUUUCAAGGGAUUCUGAACACUGACAGGUGAAUGGAUGGUUGUAUUUAUUAGUUUGUUUGUUAUAAAUGUUCAGUUCAGUUUUCCAUGUGAUAAAAGUGGUCUCGAAGACAAAGUCCUCAUG